AUGUCAGUUGUAUUUAAAUUUGGAACACAUAUAUAUUUUAUUAAAAACGGAAUCGCUAGAAUGCUCAGCCUAAGGAACGGCAUCUUUGCGGGCAGUCUUCUCGGCAGCGGCUCCUGCUUUCAGCGACUUGCGCCUUGUUCAUGUCGCUCCUCGCGAAGGCCUCUGCCGAGGAACUCUGCGAAGAAACCAUUCAAGCCGCAGUUGGAUAACAGUUCGGAUUCGGUCGAGAAGCAACGCCUGCUGGCGUUAAUGGAGACGGGGUGUCGAUGUCCUUGUAGGUCGGCCAAGGAGCGUUGGUUCUUUACCAACCGGCGUAUUAUUCUGUCCCUAGCCACGGCCCUGAAUCGUCCGCCGGAUUUGGUAUGCGACUUCCUGCACUCACUAACCCUGCAGAAUUUUUCACGGAUCCUGAAGCCAGCCGCUUCCUCGACGAUUUCUUGCAAAGUUCCCUAUGUAAAUUGUAAUGUCUGCGAAAACUACAUGAGCAUUUUCGAUACUCGUGGAAAUGUCAGGAGCCGCUUUAGCCAGGAUUCCCUGGAGCUACUUAUGCGUGUCGUUCAAACUGUGUUAAAGCACGAUUCCCUUGGGGAAGCGGAACAAUUUGACACAAGUUUUGGCGCCCAACGCGGGGCGGAGCACAGGGAUUCCAUGGCCAAGAGAGCCGGCAUUGAUCGCGACUCCACCGCUCGACAAAAUGGCAAAAGGCGACUGAGGAACUCGGAGGCGAGGGCCCAGCUGACUAAAAGCCGUUUUCACAGCGGUCUGGAGAAGCCCACAAUUGGAGAUCCUGGCUACAUUUUCGGGAAUAACUUUCAGCCCACCGACUUGGAUGCCCCAGUGCAAAAGCCCGAAAACUGGGCUCCUACGGAUUCGCGCACUCCACGGCUUUCCCAGCAGCUGGCCAACCUGCUCAUGCAGGUCAAUGAUAAGACCUACCUGACACGCGACCCGGACCAACUAAUAGCUGCCAUCAGGAACCUCGAACUGGACAGGAUCGUCAAUAGACCCAGGCCCCCCUCAACCGAUGACAAAAUCGUAAAGCGUAUAUCGGAUUCCUACUAUGAACGGGUUAAUGGCUUUGGUUUAAAAUCACAGCUAAAGAAAAGGAGAAAAACUUUGAAAGGUAACACAAAAGAAGAUGAUCCGAAGCUAUGGGAGCCAAGGGAGCUAAGGGAGCAAACUGAGCCAAGGGAGCCACGGAACCGGGUCUACUAUGGCGAACCACCCCCGGUGCUCCUCCACGCACCGUUUAAUCCGGAAAAGCUUUGGACCUGGCUGCGCUGGCAUCCGCACCGGAUGGACGAGGGUCAAGAGUCCGAGGGCAUCAACCGCCGAUACAGCCCCAACGCCAUGGAGCAGCUGAUGCAGAGGUCCAAGCAGCGGUCCUCGGUGCACACAGCGAUCUCCCCGGACAAGGGAUCUAAAUUCGCAAAAAUCAAGCAGAUAUUCCGACGAAUGCAGCACAACUUAUAGACAGUCAGUCAACACACGCUCCAUCCGUGCAACUCCAUUAGUUAAUAGAAAAAAAGAAAAUUUAAGUCCACAUUGUUUCAGAAAGUACCUUUUUUA